AAAAAGGCGAGUACGACGGAGGAGACGACUGUUUCUUUGCCCUAAAGAUCGAAACUUUGCUGAAAUGAAGAUCGUUUCUGUACUCGCCUCUACUCAUCACUGUCUUCUUCUUCCUUCAUGAUUUAGUUUGAGUUCUAGAAGAUUUGAGUUUUAAAGGACGAAGCAAAGCAUCGUUGAAUGGUGGUGAUUGAUCUCGAAAUGCCUUCACCUUCAGGAGAAUGUGAUGAUCAAAGGAUCAAUGAAGGUUUAGAGUUUGAAUCCAAAGAGGAAGCUUUUGAGUUCUACAAAGAGUACGCUAAAUCCGUUGGUUUCAACACCAUUAUAAAAGCUAGCCGUCGUUCAAGAAUGAGUGGGAAGUUCAUAGACGCCAAGUUUGUAUGUACACGUUACGGAAGCAAGAAAACAGAUCAAGGAGAAGAAGACAUAGAUAACAUCCCUCAAGGUAAAAAACGUGGUAGAAUCAACCGUUCUUCCUCGAAAACUGAUUGUAAAGCGUGUUUACACGUCAAGAAAAGACAAGAUGGGAGGUGGGUGAUUCGCUCUUUGGUUAAAGAACAUAACCACGAAACCUUCCCUGGUCAAGCCAGUUCCAUGAGAGAGUCUUGUGGGCGGGAAAAACAAACUGGUGCUGUUGUGAAAGAGAUGAAGAGCAGAAAGUUUCAAGCUUUAGAGGAUGGAGACGUUGAGAGACUGCUAAGCUUCUUUACGGAUAUGCAAGCUGAGAAUCCUUUCUUCUUCUACGCUAUUGAUCUCAGCGAGGAGGAGCAGAGUCUAAGAAACGUCUUUUGGGUUGACGCAAAGGGGAGAUUGGACUACACUUGUUUCUGUGAUGUUGUCUCUGUCGACACUACGUUCAUCAAGAACGAGUAUAAGCUUCCUCUUGUUGCAUUCAUAGGUGUGAACCACCAUGGACAGUUCCUGUUGCUUGGUUGUGGACUGUUGUUAAACAAUGAGUCUACAUCUGAAUUUGUUUGGCUUUUUAAGUCAUGGUUAAAGGCCAUGCACGGAUGUCAACCAAGAGUUAUACUCACCAAACACGACCAAACGAUCAAAGAAGCUGUUUCAGAAGCCUUGCCAGGGUCUAGUCAUUGUUUCUAUACGUGGGAUACUCUUGGUCAGAUGCCUGAGAAGCUUGGUCAUGUUAUGGGACAAGAGAAAGGCUUUGUGGAUGAGAUAAGUGAGGCUAUUUACGGUUCUUGCAAGGGAGAUGAGUUUGAAAAGAAGUGGUGUGAGGUGGUAGAUAGGUUUCGUCUGAGAGACAAUGCUUGGCUUCAAUCUCUGUAUGAAGAUAGGGAACAUUGGGUUCCUGUGUAUAUGAAAGAUGUUUCUCUAGCGGGAAUGUGUACAGCUCAGAGAUCGGAAUGUGUGAGCUCUGUUUUCGAUAAGUACAUUCAGAGGAAAACUACGCUGAGAGCGUUUCUUGAUCAGUACAAGACGAUGAUACAGGAGAGGUGCGAAGAGGAAGAGAAAGCUGAGACUGAUACAUUGUGUAAACAGCCUGGUCUUAAGUCACCUUCGCCGUUUGGGAAGCAAAUGGUUGAGUUAUACACUCGUGAGAUGUUCAAGAAGUUUCAGGCUGAGGUGUUGGGAGGUGUUGCUUGUCAUCCGAAGAAUGAAAGCGAUGAGGGUCAAAGGAAGACAUUCAGGGUUCAAGACUAUGAACAGAAGCGUGGUUUCGUUGUGGUGUGGAGCCCUGAAUCAUCUGAAGUUGUCUGUUCAUGUAGAUUGUUUGAGUUCAAAGGGUUUCUCUGUAGACACGCAAUGAUUGUUCUGCAGAUGUCUGGAGAACUCACUAUUCCGUCUCGGUAUGUGUUGAAGCGUUGGACAAAAGAUGCGAGAAGGAGAGAAGCGGUUGAAUGUGAUCUGAUGUGUGGGGAUUCAAGUAAGGCUCAGCGGUAUACGGAUCUUUGUCUCCGGUCUUUGAAGCUGAGUGAGGAAGCGUCUUUAUCCGAAGAGAGCUAUAACGCUGUGUUGAAUGUGCUGAAUGAAGCUUUAAGAAGUUGUGAGAACACAAGUAACGUGAUUCACAGUGGUGAAGAGUCAGACUCUGAUGUAGCUCAAAAUCAUUCAAGACAUGAAGAACGUAACAAUAACAACACCUCAUUUAAUGAGAAUGUGGCCGACACAGGACAGGAACAUUCACUACAUGAAGUAUGGAAAGAAACUGCUUUGCAAGAACAAAGAAACCGGUACUCGAUUCUCGACGACUACCUCAGCCCUCAACAAGUGUCACAUGAAAUGGGACAAAUCAACAUGAUGGCCUCAAACCGCAAUGGAUAUUGUACUGCCCAUCAAAACAUACACUCACUGGGACAAUCCAUAACUCAGCAAAGGCUAUAUGGAACUGAACAAUUAAGUUUCAGACCAGAAGUUAUGUAUGAAAGACUCCAGGACAUGGGACAGGCAAGUUUUAGACAGCAUCCUCAGCAACAUAGCGAUUAUACAAAACAACAUCAACAACCCAACAAGGAUUUCUCUAACUGAGACACACUCUUCCGUUUAACCAGGAGUCUGUGUAACAAUUUUUAAUAUAUUUGAUUUAAGUUUUGAUGGUAAAAAUCAUUUGUUUAUAUGUAUAGGACAAACGGUACAGCUAAAUACCAUCACAGAUAUUUUU